CCGUGCUCUUACAGAGAACAAACUUAGAUAGAGGACGCCCAGAGACUCAUUAUUAUUGUCCUCACUUCAUUCUUCCGUAACUGCUUGAUACUCAUCCAGGUGCAUCUUUUGGCAAACCUUAGUUAUGUCAAAGGCUUUACGUGCAGCGAAAACUGUGAAGAAAGCCAAUGUUGCUGGCGAGAUUCGAGCAUUGGUGAGAGCUGGACAGGCAGCUCCGGGACCACCACUUGGACCCAUCUUGGGACAGCGAGGUAUCCCCAUUGGUCAGUUUUGUAAGGAGUUCAAUGAUAAAACCAAAGACAUCAAGGAAGGAAUCCCUCUACCUGUGAAAAUAUUUGUAAAGCCUGAUAGAACUUAUGAUUUAAAAAUUGGACAGCCUCCGGUGUCUUAUUUCUUAAAGGCUGCGGCUGGGAUAGAAAAAGGAGCAUCACAGACAGGUCAUGAAAUAGCGGGAAUAGUAACACUGAAGCAGCUGUAUGAGAUAGCUUUGGUAAAGUCACAGGAUGAAGCUUUUGUAAUUCGGGAUAUGCAACUAAGAGAUGUAGUGAAAAGCAUCAUGGGAAGUGCCAAGUCACUGGGGAUCAAAGUAAUGAAAGAUUUGACAGCAGAGGAGUAUGGACAGUUCUUAGAAGAGCGGCGACUUGUUCUCCAAGCUGCUGCCGAAGCUCAAGCUGCAGAAGCUGCAGGAUCCAAAAAGAAAUAACACUGUUAAGGUGUGGAGAUGUCAUUAUCCUUGGAAAUAAGAACACACAGUUAUUCUUCUUUUUAAGAAGGACAGUAACUUGAUAAAACUGAUUCAUGUUAUUCAGGCAGAGAAAAUACAAACAUGGGUUUAGUUGUCUUUUGUAAUUUAUGUAAUAAAAUGCCAUGAGCUA